ACCAUCAUGGCUGACGUGGACUUUCACGAACAAUCAGAUCUGAAUGAUGUUUCACUGGAAGGGGACAUUACUGCUCCUGGCCUGAAAACUGAAGAUGAUGAGUUUUCUACCCUGGAUGAACCUGUCAAGGAUACUGUGAUGAGAGAUCUGAGAGCUGUAGGUGUGAAGUUCUGGCAUGUACUGUAUCCUAAAACCAGCACAGCAUUACUUAGAGAGUGGAAUCUCUGGGGUACCACUGAAUUGUGUCUCUUCAUGGCUAUGAUGCUGCAGGGUUCGUCUGAUGAUCUGGAUAUGAUGAGUGAUGGGGGACCACAGUUUGCCGAGGUGUUUGUGAUAUAUUGGGUAGGAGCUGUGGUUGUGACGCUCAACACAAAGUUACUUGGAGGAAACAUCUCAUUUUUCCAGAGUGUAUGUGUACUUGGGUACUGUGUAUGUCCCCUGGCUAUUGCCCUGAUUAUCUGCAGAGGUAUACUGAUUGCUGAUGAACAAACUACCAUGCUUUUCAUCAUCAGAUUUGUUACUGUUGUUGUUGGUUUCGGAUGGUCAACGUUUGCAUCCACAGCAUUCCUAGCAGAGAGUCAACCACCAAACAGAAAAGCACUGGCCAUGUUUCCAAUAUUCCUCUUUUACUUUGUGAUCAGCUGGCUGAUUAUUUCACAUACCCACUCAUAGUGUAGAUAUACAAUCAAGAACUGUUUAUAAAAUGGGAAAUUUAUUGGCCUUGGAAUAGGCUAUGAGGGAUAAUACAGGUUUAUAAAGAUACAGAUGAAGUGUGAAAGUGGUUAUUUUCUAGCCAGCAUGGUUCAAACGGAGGGAAAUGGAUUGAAGUGCACUAAUACACCAGAGGUCUGGUUAUGAAUUUAAAACACUCUUUCUUUGAAACAUGUUCAAGCUUUUUGACAUGCAGAAAGAGCCAUACUGCAGAUGCCAGUUACUGCCAGGAAAGAGAGGCAAUUGGUUUUGUACCAUGUUUAGGUUCAAAGUUAGUUUUAAUCUAAUCUUAGAACACUCUAGUAUAAAUACUCGUCUGUUACUGUGUACUGAUAUUCAUGUGUUUUGGUGAAAGUCUCUUGCAAUCUGCGGCCUGCAUUUGUGAUAUUUCAUGUUUAUUUGAGUUUUAAAAAAGUCACCAUUUAUACUUAAGGUCAACCUAUAUACAAGUUAGUUAAUCUAUACAUGCAGUUGUUAUACAAUGUUAGACCAAAACUUACAGUAGAACUGUAUUCUACUGAUCAUGUAUGUGAUUUAAAACUACAAAAAUUAUUAAGCUGGGUACACAAUAAAAAAUUAUUUAUUUUAUUGAUUGAACAGAAUUUGAAAUACACUUUUACACCAAUAUUAUAUAUUUGAAAAAAUUGGACAUUUAUACUGUUAUGUGCUAUAUUAAAUUAUAACACAAUUCACACCCACCCCUCCCAAAAAAAAUACUUGCAUGCAUUUCCAGCUUUUGUAAAAAAAAAAAAAAAAGGUAUCGCAGAGUAUUGUAAUUUCUUUUAACGAAAUAGUUGGGACACAAUGUUUUAUAUAUCUUAAUAUGUGACUUUUGAAUGCUACUAAAAUAUGUGAAACGUAGAAUUGUUAUCGAAAAUGUGAGAAAUAUGGGAAACUGAUUUGGAAGCUUGGCAUGAAGUUAACGUUUUCUUUAUGUUUUACGAAGCUUUUGACUGAAGUAAAUUUUGUUUCAAAAGAUAAUUUUGUAAUGAAAUGGUGGUGGAUGUAAGAAAAAUUAUUUUAAAUUUCCUUAUUCUUGCAUAUUUCAUGCCAGAAGUCUACUUUUCUCUAGUAUCUGAAAACAUUUGUUUCAGCUUCUCCCUCUUUGAUCAGAUGAAAACCCUAUAGAUUUUUGAUCAAAGACAAGUUUUGUUAUUAUUGGUUUGUUAUUUGUAAUACUGUGAUGUAUGCUGUGAAAUAAUGUCAGAAUGAAUCUAGAUUAGAAUUUUGAUUUAAGGCUUUUCCUUUUGACUCUUUAUUUCUUUGUUUUGCUUUAAUAUUAGUUUUUAAGAAUUUACUGUGAUAUAUUUAUGCUAUAAAUAAAUUGAUGGAAAUCCA